GAGCUAACGUGCCGAAUGCCCGAUGAAUAUUCAUAGCGUUCACCGUGAAUAUUCAUUAUUCGAGUAUACGUCCAUUUGUUGUUGGUGGGUGGGGUUUAUGCAGGACUUGCUGCUGCGUAUCCGGAGGUACUGUUCUACAGCAACCACAGGAGUUUUUAUUUUCAAACGUUUUUAUCUUACUUACGCUCGUAGGGAAAAGCAGUGGGAAGGCGGUACUGGAGAAGAGCAAAUAUUUGACCGACAGCGUCACCAGUAGGGACAGGAGGCUUGCGGAUAAGGAAGAGCGUUGAAAAAUGAUGCUGCUGUUUUUAUCCAUACCCCUUUAUGUUUUGAUGGUUGUAAACACUGGAGUGUCAGAAAGCUGUGAUGACUGGGGAGUGGAUUACACCAAACAAGUAUGGGCAUAUGAUGGAGAACCAGCCCGAAUCAAAUGCCCUCUUUUUCUUGAGUAUUUAAAGCACAACUACAGCACCUUUCAUUCAGCUGGACUCACUCUAAUGUGGUACUGGAUGAGGCAGGAGCAAGAUCUUGAAGAACCUGUUAAUUUUCGUCUUACUGGUAAUCGUAUCAGCAGGGAGAAAGAUGUUGUCUGGUUUCGACCAGCCAUUCUUAAUGAUACUGGGAACUACACCUGCAUGUUGAGAAACACCACUCACUGUAUGAAAGUGGCUUUUCCACUCACUGUUAUCAAGAAAGAUCCAGGCUCGUGCAACAGUGUGCAGCAAAAGUUCUACAGGAAGCGGUUAUAUAUACGGGAUUAUGGAGAGCUUGAAUGUCCAGAUACAGAGGGAUUUUAUUCACAAACACAAGAUGCAAACAUCACUUGGUACAUUAAUUGUGAAUAUUGGGAAAACCUUGCUGAUAGGAUAAUCAAGGAUAAAAAGCUGUGGUUCAUUGAUGUCCUGGAAGCAUACUUGGGAAACUACACCUGCAUACUUUCAUACUUUGACCAUGGAAAAAUUUUCAAUCUGACAAGAACGAUUGCUAUUGACAUGAAAGCUUCACCUAGUGUUGCCAGGCCUCCAUCAGUGCUUUUUCCAAGUGAUGAACAUGUCCUGACAUUGGCAGUUGGAGAUUCUGCUGUUAUGGAUUGUAAAGUUUUCUUCACUUAUCUAGAAAACUCUCCUGAUUAUAUUUGGUGGACAAUAAAUGGUCAGCGGAUGGAGAACAUAAGCAAUCCCCGAAUUAGUACUGAAAGCAGCACUCAGGAAAAUCGGAAUGGAGAUAAAACUGUAAUACUGAAGCUAAUAAUUCAAGACAUCACACAAGAAGAAAUCAGAAGCAAAUAUGUCUGUCACGCUGAGAACACAAAGGGUUCAGACAAAAGUGAAGCGAUAAUAGAGCAAAAGUAUCCAGGGUACACUGUCGAACUAGCAUGUGGACUGGGUGUCACACUGUUUGUUUUUGUAUUGGUUAUUAUUGUAUAUUACUUCUUCUGGCUGGAGCUGGUAUUGCUGUAUAGAGCUCACUUUGGCACCGAUGAAACAAUAGGAGAUGGAAAAGAAUAUGAUGUUUACGUAUCAUAUGCAAGAAAUGCAGAAGAAGAAGAGUUUGUUUUGCUGGUCCUCUGUGCAGCUCUAGAGAACGAAUUUGGCUACAAGCUGUGCAUUUUUGACAGAGACAGUCUACCCGGGGGAACUAUCACAGAUGAGACUUUGAAUUUCAUUCACAGAAGUCGACGGUUGAUUGUUGUGCUGAGUCCUAACUACAUGCUAAAGGGAACACAGGCGAUCUUAGAGUUAAAGGCUGGUAUUGAUUACAUGGCCUCAAGUGGCAAUAUCAAAGUUAUUUUAGUGCAGUUUAAGCCCACUAGUCAUGUUAAUCAGGUGAAGGAACUAAAGCGGGCCCGAGCUGUGCUCAGUGUUAUUAAAUGGAAAGGGGAAAAGUCAAAAGAUCUGCAGUCUAGGUUUUGGAAGCAGCUACGUGUUGCACUCCCUGUGAAAAGAAAACUAAAUUUGCAUACUAAUACUCAAAGUGAAAGCUGUUAUCUCCAACUUUUGAAUGAAGCUGAGUAUUAGAAAAGUGAUUAAAUAGUCCUUUUACUAGCAGAAUAACAUUGAAUAUUGCUCAGUAAUGUUUGGCAACAGUUCUUACAUUACCAUUCUACACACUAUUAUAUGUUACAACAGGCAUAAAAUAAGUGCAGAUGGUGCUAUUGAAAAAUUGUUAUAGUAGGAGACAAAUUUGUAAACUAGUGAUAUCAGCAUGGUCUCUGAAAAGUAAUAAUGGUUUGUAUUGUUACUUUUUUAUAAAGCACUCUUGAAACUGUUAUUGCAUAGGCAAGUUUAUAUAUCUGUUUUACCACAGGAAAUGCAAGUGUCCUGAUCAGUGGAGAGCAUUACUAAAUACUUUGAAAUAUGGAAGUAAAACUAACUGAAGUUAAAAGUAUUUUUUACAAGAGUUGUAUAUUGUAUUUUAUAAAAUAUUUUAUGUGAUGAAUUAAAUGUCUUUGUUGUACAGUGUUUAAAAAUGCUAACAGACACAGGCAAUAGCCUUAUUUGGCACAUUCUUCCCCUUUCUCCAUUAAAGGAUUUGCUGUCACAGGAAUUGAAAUCAUAUUAGCCCAAUACAGUGGUUAGCUAUUAGUAGGAGUGAAUUAAUUGCAUGAAACUGCCAGCAACUGUUAUUGGCUUGAGUAUCAUUUAGCCAUCAGUUUUUAAAAUAAGCUGCCCAAAUGUGAUUGUGUACAUUAUAAAUUAAAAGUAGCAGUCCUGCAUUUGGAUUUGCCUUGAACCCGUAUAAAACAGGCAAUUUAUUAGUAACUUAAAAACUAUUUAAAGAUUAAAACAAAAGAAAUUAAAAUGCAUAUAUGUGGUAGUUUUAAAUGAUUCGAACUCAUCCGCUGAUGUAUAUUAAUUUGCAAGAGGAAAUUGCUGCUUGCUUGGUUAAGUAAACUUUUUACUUUCCACCAACAUCCAUUUCAUGUUAACUUAAGCACAAAGUGUCACUACAGUAAUUAUAUUGUGCCAUAUUUUUCUAACACUCAUCCUCAUUCAAAAGUUGGAGAUAACUUUCACUCUGAGUACAGGUAGGCAAGUAUAGCUCAGGGGAAGGCUGAAUAACAGGCUUGACAGAGCAGAUAUCAGCCAUUUCAGUGAAGACUGAAUAGUACAAAAGAGACUCCUUUGAGAAUAACUUCACUUAAUGGUACUUUGAUUAAAUUGUAAAAGUACGUUUUAUGUGAGAGGCAAAACAACCACACGUUCCAUUCUGUGAGCAGCAUCUCCUCCUCCUCCUCCUGCUAAAUUAUAUUUAACUAUAGUGUCACAACCCCAAUAGAAAGAUUUAAGUAAAACUUUUAUCGUGUAGAAAGAUUUAAGUAAAAGGUUAUAAAGUUUUGCUGAAGUAGCCUUUAUUUAGUCAGUUUCUACUAAAUGAAGUUUGAGUAUGAGGGUUGCAAAUUAAAUGAUGGGCUCCCUGGCAGAUGAUCAUGAUUAUAUUUUGAACAGCUGUAUCUUCAGAAGUUGAUUGGUGUAUUUCCUUCUGUGUGCCUUAGUGAGUUAGUGGUAAGAUAUAAUUACUGCAAUGACACUUUGUAAUUAAGUUACCAUGGAAGUGGAUGUGGGUAAAGCAUAAACUCAAUGAAGCCCAUUUGUUUUUUUUGUUUUUUUUUUUUGUUUUUUUUUUACAAACAUUGACAGUAUAUGCUUGACUUUAACAGCAUUUGAUAACUUUUUUUAUUGCUUUUAUUUUUCCUAAAGUAAUUGUUUUACACUGCUUGAUAUGUUAAUUGGUCCCCAUUUAGAGGGAGACAAGCUCAGGGAACCUUAGGUCUGCUAUGAAGCUUGGUCAUCCUUUAUCACUGCUGAUGUAUUUGAUUCUCUCUGACUGAAAGGUUAAUUGUUGCCCUGUUAGAGAGAGAGAUAAGCUUAGGGAGCCAAGUAAUUAGAGCGGUAUGCAGUAGAUGUCAUUUGAAUACACAAUUCCAUAGACGUUGAGGGUUGCUAUAUGCUGAGUGUUGCAUUUCAGUAUGACAUGGAAACAGUGGCAGAUUGUGUUCCUGGGGCUCUGAGCAAGUUUCAUUCCAUGGCCCCCACCCAACCACACUCCUUCCAAACCUUUUCUUACACGAUGUAAUGCACAUGUUCUUUUGGAUUCAUCUUUUUGAUUUAUGACCAUUCAAACUCUUGUCAUUAUAAUCCAACAAUGACCACAGUAAGGUAAUCCAACCUGCUUUACACAACUGUACAAUAGUCUUGCAAAGUCAAACUAAUGACUGUUUAAUUUGAUUACAACAGAAGAGUAAUCCAUUGUCAUCAACAGACAUCCCUAGUACUUUUCAGUCCAAUUGCAUACCUCCUAACUCUCCAGACCUUUGUAGAAUAUCCACAUUUUUUUCCUUAUUUGUGGGUCUGUUCUUCAUAAAAGUUAUGGUUAUCAUUGAUCAACAAACAUUUGAGCUUCAAACUUCAUAUCCUUUAGAAAACGCACCUUAAUGUAAACACUGUUAUUCUACCAACUUUAUAUUAUGUUUAGAAUCUACCCCUGAUUUUUUUACCUUUGUCCCUCGAUUAUUUUUGGAUUUGUCCAGAUUAUUUUUUUUUGUUGUUUUUUUUUUGUGCCAAGAGUUUCAGAUGUGUGUUUGUAGCAAAAAUAAUUGUGGAGACAGAUGUAUUUCAUGUUUAUUUUACAGAAGUGCAUAGUAGCCCAAGUAUACCAACUUAUUUCACAUAAAUGCAAAGUAUUCCUGCAAUGCCAGACUUUUUAAAACUAUCAGCCAAAUAGGUAAGUUACGUUCAUCCACAGAUAAUCCUCAUACCCACCCAGUAGUUAUAACAGACUUUGUUGUGUUCACUUCAUCUGAUUGUGAUAAAAAAGUUGCAACUCUCAACAUCUUAGAGAAAGAAUCAAGACAUAGCCAAAAAAAUAAUGAGCACCAAAGGCCCAGAAUCGGGGACAAAUUUUAAGUAUUGCUGUUAUAUACUUAAAAAGCUGUUAGAAUAAAAGUUUUUGCAUUAGCAUGCAUUUUCUAGAGAACUCAAAGGCUGAAACUCACAUAUCUGCCAUUAUUUAGUGACUACAGUCUUCAAUUUGCCAGAAAAAAACGCCAAUUUUAUGUGAAACAAGAACAGUUGAGAGUUAUGCAAAUUCAACAUUGUUUCACAUAGAGUAGACAGUCCUACACGUAUUUCUAUUUAUUUCAUAAAUUCAGUCCUGCAAAAUCAUAUGGGUUAAUUGAGUAAACAAGAUUUAAAACUUAUUUUCAUCGACAGAUAGCGCCACUCGGCAUUUACAGCCAUUUUGUUGUGUGCGGCUCAUGUGACUAUGUCAAAAAAUAAUACAGAGCAAGAAUCAGGGACACAGCCAAAAAGUUAAUUGGGGAAAAAGGCCCAUAAUCAUAGAGGGAUUUUUAAAUUUGCUUGUCUUUUCUUAGAAAGUUGCUACCAUAAUAGUUUUUUUUUUUUUUUAACAUUGACAUGCAGCUUCUGAAGUGUAUGAAGUCUAAAACUUUAAACAUUUCCCUUUACUUUUUGACACCAGUCCUCAGUGAUUUGCAAGAAAACCAGAACAGUGUUUGAAGAACGCAUCUAAAUAAAGCUGUAUCACAGAUAUUCUGUGAAGUCAGGGGCAGUUUCAACUUGUUUGACACAAACAGUAUCCAAAGUUUAUUUCAUACAGAUGCACGUUACACCUGUAAAGCCAGACUAUAAACUGAGCAAAUGACAAGAGGUUAAUUAUUUUCACCCACAUCUAAUACCCCCCCCCCCCAUUUAGUGUCUGCAGUCCUUAAUGAUUUGGCAGAAAACUACAAAUUUUAUGAGACACUGACCAAAGCAUAUAUGACAACUCAGGAAUAUUUUGCAAAAUCAGGAACAGUUUCAAAAUCAUUUCAUAAAGAUAAGUACCCAGACAGUAAAUAUUCAAACCUGGUUCAUGUAAAUACAAGCAAGUUCUGUAAAGUCAGAUUGUAGCUGAGCAGACAACAAGAGGGUAAGUUUUCAUCCACAGCCAAGCUCCCAUCUCAUUUAUUGACUGCAAUCAUGAAUUGUCAGAAAUCUACAAAUAUUAUGAGAUCCAUACUAAAAGUAUGAGACAGUGUCAGGGAUAUUCUACAAAGUAAGGUACAGUUUCAACUUGGUUUGACACAAAUAGUACCAGGGGAUAAAUAUCCCAACUUAUUUCAUACAAGUACACAAUAGUCCUGCAAAGCCACAACGAGAGGGUAAGUUGCAGAACAAAAUAUUGGACCAAGAUGAAAACAUUCUGUGAAAUCUGGAACAGUUUCAAUUUUUUCCACACAAGGAGUGGCCAGGGAGUAAAUAUUCUAAUUUAUUUCACAUAAGUGCACACCAGCCCUUAAUGCUAAAUUUUAAGUUCUGCAAAUGAAGAGAGCAGGUUGCUUUAAUCCACAUACACCCUUGUAGUUGCCUGCCAGUGUAUUAAGAGAGAGUAAAUAUUUCAGCUUAUUUUGUACAAAUGCACAUUAGCCAUUAAGACUUUAAAUUGAGCAAAUGAAAAGGGUAAACUGCUGUCAUCCACAGCACAGCUAACACUCUAAUAUGGUUGGCUGGCAAUAUUAUUAGAAAAAGGAGACAUUUAGUUUUAUUUCACACAAAUCUGCAAAUCCACAACACUCCUUAAUGUCAGAUUUGUAAGGGGUAGUUGAAGACAGCAAAUUUCAUUCAUCCACAGCACAGCUGGCCCCCCUUUUAUCAAAUGGCUAGCUCCCCCAUCUAGUUUCCAGACAGUAUAUUAAAAAUGAGAGAAUACAUAAUCCAGUUUAUUUCAUACAAAUCCACACCAGCUCUUAAAACUAUACAUUACACUAGGCAAGUAAAGAGGACGAAUUUCUUUCAUCCACAGCAUAGCUAGCCUCCUCUUAUCUGGUUGACUGCCAGCAUUUUACAAAUGUUAUUUUUUAACUAAACCUUGCAUUACCAUAAUGGUGCAUCCUUCUUCUGUCUUUCAGACCAGCAGUCAACAACUGCAAUAUCUCCACUGGUCCAUCUGUGCAUGUGCAAACGACAGGCAUUGCAAAUGUUUACUCAAGGUGUCUGUCGUUUUUAAAACUUGAAAGAAAGGCUUGAUGAAUGAUAAUCAGUUGUUAUGUUCAGCAUAUAAUCCAACUAAGAUAAGUUAGCAGUGCUGAACAUAGAAAAAAAAAUUAAAGUAUAAUAAUUGUAUAUGCUAGUCAAACCCCCUGGAGCCAUGGUUACCAUGCAUCCACCUGAAUCCCCCCAUUGAAAUCCUCGACUGCAUGGAAACUGAUAACAGGGUGUUAGGGAUGAUACAUGCUUAUAAACUGGCAAAAGUGAGAACAUCCUGGGCAAUGAAUCUAAUGAAGUGCAGUUAUCAUUCAUAGCUUAAGCAUCUGUUACUGUUUUGUUUUAAAUAUGAGAUGAUAUUCUCUCAUUACAUGGAGCUAGAACCAAUUACAGCAUUACAUGGGAACAAGGCAGAAGUAGUAAUUCUUAACUGGGCAUUAGACACGCAUAGAGUACGUAUGUGUGUUCAGCACACAUAUUUGUGUGAAAUUUGACAUGUCUUUGGUAUGUGAGAGCAAAAAUAAAGCACCUGCUGAAAACACACGGAUAUAAGUAUGGUGUGUGGACACCAAACAGAAGAUACUUCAGCCAAAAGCUGAACACAAGUGAUGUAGCAAUGUUAAGUGCUAUGCCUUCAUCUCUGUUUAGAGUAAUGUCUACUAAUGUAUUAAAGAAAAAAGCUGUAGACUGAGCAACACUACUAACUGCUAUUUAUUAGAACCUGGUUUUGUAUAUUUUGUGGCAUUAUUUGAUAAUAAAUGUCCAUUAUAUGAUUUGUGAUCUGUAUUGUGUAACUUAUGUUGUUUUUAGUUUUAGUAGAAAAGGAUGGAUGUGUGUCAUGAUUAUGUCUUCCUAAGUGGAAAGAAUAGUGUAAUGUUUGUUGCUUGUAUCCCACUUAAAUGUUACUAGCUUGGAGUAUACCCUAUGCUGUUUCCAUUUGUAGUGGGGAACUGUGAUUGCAUGUUAUGAUUUUUUUUUUCAUAAAAAUAAAAAUGCUCAUUGCAUGUGUCACAGAUAAGAGUUUAUCUGAAAUAUUA